AUAAACUUUUACAAAUGAUGAAUUGGUUGUAAACAUUGUGUUUUAUAGCAUUUGAAAAUUCCAAAUGGUAACUCCGCACAUGAUGUUUCUGCUCACAUAUUUCAGCAUCCUGUUUUUAGAAUCUGCAGAAAGAAAUAUUUCAUGUCCUUUAGGGAGGUUUAAUAAAAAGCAACAGGUGGAAAAUGGAUUUUGCAGUAGCACGAACGGCCAUAACCAUAAAUACUAGUACCUCAGAAUUAUACCAGCAGAGGACUGUAAACACAUUAAUCUCCCAGCAGUGCAGAAAUUCCAUUCUCAGAUGUCAUCUUAAUUUCAGGCACAAAGAUUGAAUGCCUCCAUUUAAAUUCAAAACACAGAGUGGAUAUGAUGAUCCUUUAUUUUCAUGGGGAUUCAUGUGAGUGAGUUUGCCAGUUUCCUCAUCUAUAAGAUGGGGUUGAUAAAAUCCCAUCUCAGCAUUGUGGGAUUAAAUAAGAUGAUAUACAUAAGAUACCUAACAUGGUGGAUGGUACACAGUAUGUUUUCAGUAAAUGGUAGAUUACUGUUUAUUAUGCUCACAAGUAUUAGGAUGUUCCUAGAAUCUCAGAACUAGAAGCCACUUAGAGAUGUACUUUUUGAAACACUAUUAAUUUACAAACAAGGAAACUGAGGCCAGAAGGCAGUGACUUGCCUGGAGUCAGGCGGCAACUUCGUUCCAGAGAUGGGAUUUGAAUCUUUGUUCCUCAGGUCCCACUUGGGUGCUUUUUCCAGAUCCGGAUUUCCUAACAAUACUGCAAACCUACUAUGUGCUAGUGGCUGACACAAAGCUCUCUGCAGAAUUCCAAUCCGGGCAUCUCUGCCUCUGAAGAUGCCAUUCCCUUUCCUCAGAGGGAGCGGGCUUCUCCGCCUCCCUCUCCAAUAGGUGUGGCAAUCAGCUCUCUUCCAGUCAGUUCCCUUUGACUGCAUCAGCAUUUCAGCCGCUGCAGCCUGCUUGUGGACAGAGCAGGGGGUGGCAGUGGUGACGGCUGUUUUGGGAAAGGAAAUGUAAGGGCAUUUCAGCUGCUGUGCUGGGGUUGACUAGGAGCACAUGGAGAGGUGCCCCUCCCAUCCCCCAGAGUGGGUCGGCUGGAUUUCAGUGUGGAGUGUGAGGACAUGUGGGGGACAAUAUUAUCUUAUUCUUGAGAGGUUGUAAAGAGCUCGGCCUAAAAGAAUCUCAACUUUUUGACCCGAGUGACCUCCAGGAUACAUCCAACAGAGUAACAGUCAAGAGCCUUGAUUAUAGUAGGAAGCUGAAAAAUGUAUUAGUUACCAUUUACUGGCUGGGAAAAGCAGCAAACAGCUGCACAUCCUACAGCGGAACGACACUAAACCUGAAGGAGUUUGAAGGAUUGUUGGCUCAGAUGCGAAAGGAGACUGAUGACAUUGAGAGUCCUAAACGCAGUAUCCGAGACAGUGGCUACAUCGACUGCUGGGAUUCUGAGCGCAGCGACUCGCUCUCUCCUCCUCGCCACGGCAGAGAUGAUUCCUUCGACAGCCUAGAUUCCUUUGGCUCUCGUUCUCGGCAGACGCCUUCACCAGAUGUAGUCCUCAGGGGAAGCAGUGAUGGGAGAGGAAGUGACUCUGAAUCCGACUUGCCUCAUCGGAAGCUGCCAGAUGUGAAGAAGGAUGACAUGUCAGCAAGGCGGACUUCCCAUGGUGAGCCGAAGUCAGUAGUGCCUUUUAACCAGUACCUCCCGAACAAAAGCAAUCAGACGGCCUAUGUCCCUGCACCUCUGAGAAAGAAGAAAGUAGAGCGUGAGGAAUACCGCAAGAGCUGGAGUACCGCCACCUCCCCCCUGGGUGGGGAGAGGCCCUUCAGCUUUCCUGAAACGAUAGAGGAAGAGGGGAGUGAAGUGGGGUCUGCUGAUGAAGACGACCCAGUUGGCCAAAUGAAUCCUGGUUGGAAGCCUUCCCAUGGUGGGUGUGAAUUACCCGACGGCAGUGGUAAGGAGUACCCUUCUUCAGACGGGGCUGUGGUGGCUCCAGCUCCCAAGUCUGAAGAAAAAGAUGCUGCUGAGAUCCAAAAGCGCAAAAGGCUAGAGCAAGCUGGAAUCAAGGUCAUGCCAGCAGCACAGCGCUUUGCCAGUCAAAAACAAUUAAGUGAAGAGAAAGAAGCUGUUCGUGACAUUGUCCUUCGCAAAGAAAACUCUUUCCUGAGCCAUCAACAUGGCAGCGAUUCCGAGGCAGAAGGUGAAGUUGUGGGUCGAUUGCCUGAUCUUGAGAAGGAUGACUUUGCUGCAAGGAGAGCAAGGAUGAACCAAACCAAGCCAAUGGUGCCAUUAAAUCAACUCCUCUAUGGCCCUUAUCCAAAGAAAGGGGCAGAUAAAUCAGAUGGCAGCAAACAGCUCUCAAAGGGAAUCUCAAAUAAAAGAAGUCUAGAAUAUAAAAGAAACCAGGGCUACACAGAAGAGGUGAAGUCAAUAGCGACCUGUAAUGCAAGGGCUCAGGAGAGUGAACCUGUGGAAGGAGGAGGAGGACUCAGGAAGGUGCCAGAUCUUCACAAGGAUGACCUGGCCCAGCGGAGAAUCCAGGGCAGCCUUGCCUCUCACCGUGAGCCCCGAAGCUUCAUUACACUCUCCAACAUAACAGAAGCCGACUUGGAGACGUGGGAGAGACUCAAAGUGUCAGAAAAGACGAGGGAUGGAGAUGUUCAGCAUAUCUGUGCUUCUGAGCCUUCCCUAGAAAUUAAAGCAGAAACUGCCAUCCGUGAUGACUUUGCCAACCGCAAAGCAAGGGCCUCUAAGAAAGCUUCCAGCCCCAAGCAAAAGUUUGUGCACUUUGGACCAGUGACGGAGAUAGACCAGCAGAAAUGGAAGCGGCUUAGCAUUGGCAAGGCUGGGCCUAGAGAGGAUGAAGAAGAAGUCAUCUGUCAUGGCAGCAAGAUCCAAACGGACUCUAUGUCUCCUGUCUCAGUGGCCGCUUCCAGCUUAAAGGGGCACCAAGCGCUUAAUGACUACAGAACAGUGAAUUCUGGCCUAGGUGACUAUUGCAGAAGGGCCUCGUGGCUGGCUCCUGUGCCGGAGUCCCAGGAAGAGUGGGUCUGCAGUCUGGGCGAGUGCCCGAGGGGGACAGAGGAAGUUACAUCCAAACAGCUGCCACAGGAUGGCAAAGAAGAAAUGGAAAGUGCUCUGAGAGAUUCCAAGAGGCUGUCAAAGGCAGAAAGAUCAGAAGAGAGCAGCCAGCCACUGGUGUGUCCUCUGGCCUCUGAGUAUGAGGCUUCAGGGACAGAAGAGAAGUUGGAGAAGAUGACAGCUCCUGCCUGGAGUGGCAGUGGACUGAAAGGCCAGCGAAAGUUGGAUGAUACACGAAAAGACGAUAUGAUGGCCAGGAGAACUGGGAUGUCCCUUAGACACACUGGAUCCAACCCAAACCAGUUCCUUCCAGUUCCGUUUGCAAAGAAACAGGAGGUGGAAGAAUCUUCUAAGGGUCCACCCAUGAAAGAUCAGAGAUACGGUCCGAGAACUCCUGUGUCUGAUGACGCAGAGAGCACGAGCAUGUUUGACAUGCGGUGUGAGGAGGAGGCCGCGGUGCAGCCGCACAGCAGGGCCCGCCAGGAGCAGCUGCAGCUGAUAAAUAACCAGCUGAGGGAAGAGGACGACAAAUGGCAAGAUGACCUGGCUCGUUGGAAGAGUCGUAGAAGAAGUGUUUCUCAGGACUUAAUCAAGAAAGAGGAAGAAAGGAAAAAAAUGGAGAAGUUACUGGCUGGAGAAGAUGGAACAAGUGAACGAAGGAAAAGUAUUAAAACCUACAGAGAAAUUGUUCAGGAAAAAGAGCGGAGAGAGAGAGAGUUGCAUGAAGCGUAUAAGAACGCUCGGUCCCAGGAAGAGGCAGAGGGGAUCCUUCAACAGUACAUCGAGAGGUUCACCAUCAGUGAGGCUGUUCUUGAACGUUUGGAGAUGCCAAAAAUUCUGGAAAGAAGCCAUUCAACAGAGCCAAAUUUAUCUUCUUUCCUGAACGACCCCAACCCCAUGAAAUACCUGCGGCAACAGUCACUGCCUCCACCCAAAUUCACUGCCACUGUUGAAACCACCAUUGCUCGUGCCAGUGUUCUGGAUACCAGCAUGUCAGCAGGCAGUGGGUCUCCAAGCAAAACUGUCACUCCCAAAGCAGUGCCUAUGCUGACACCUAAGCCUUAUUCCCAGCCCAAAAAUUCUCAAGAGGUUCUGAAGACCUUUAAGGUAGAUGGGAAAGUCAGCAUGAACGGAGAGACAGUUCAUAGAGAGGAGGAGAAGGAAAGAGAGUGUCCUACGGGGGCACCUGCCCACUCCUUAACCAAAUCCCAGAUGUUUGAAGGUGUGGCCAGAGUGCAUGGGUCUCCACUGGAGCUGAAACAAGACAACAGCAGCAUUGAGAUCAAUAUAAAGAAGCCAAACUCUGUUCCCCAAGAGCUCACAGCAACCACUGAGAAAAUGGAACCGAAUAGUCAAGAGGAUGAGAAUGAUGGUGGAAAACUAAGAAAAGGGAAUAUAGAACUUGCCACAUCAGAACCACAGCAUUUUACAACAACUGUGACUCGAUGCAGCCCUACUGUGGCCUUUGUGGAAUUUCCCUCCAGCCCCCAGCUGAAGAAUGAUGUGCCAGAAGAAAAAGACCAGAAUAAACAAGAAAAUGAAAUGAGUGGAAAGGUGGAGUUGGUACUGUCGCAAAAGGUGGUAAAGCCAAAAUCUCCAGAGCCAGAAGCAACGCUGACAUAUCCAUUUCUGGACAAAAUGCCUGAAGCCAACCAACUACAUUUGCCAAAUCUCAGUUCUCAAGAGUCGCCUGGCACUGCCAGUGUUCCGCUUAGAGUUCAGAACUCUUGGCGCCGAUCCCAGUUUUUCUCUCAGUCAGUGGAUUCUCCAAGCAGUGAAAAGUCACCUGUUACGACACCUUUUAAGUUCUGGGCAUGGGACCCAGAAGAGGAGCGCAGGCGACAGGAAAAGUGGCAACAGGAACAGGAACGUUUGCUCCAGGAAAGAUACCAGAAGGAGCAGGACAAGCUGAAAGAAGAGUGGGAAAAGGCCCAAAAGGAGGUGGAAGAGGAAGAACGCAGAUACUAUGAGGAGGAGCGUAAGAUAAUUGAAGACACUGUGGUUCCAUUUACUAUUUCUUCAAGUUCCGCUGACCAACUGUCUGCCUCCUCCUCCAUGACUGAAGGCAGUGGGGCAAUGAAUAAGAUAGACCUGGAAAACUGUCAAGAUGAAAAACAAGACAGAAGAUGGAAGAAAUCAUUCCAGGGAGACGACAAUGACUUAUUGCUGAAGACUAGGGAAAGUGAUCGACUGGAGGAGAAGGGCAGGUAUGAGCCCAGCCUAACUCAAGGGGCCUUGGUUCAUUCUGGGAACCCUGUAUCGAAAGGAGUCCUUGAAGACCAUCAGCUGGAUACUGAGACUGGGUCCCCACACUGUGGGACGAGCCCACAGCUCUCUCAGGAUCCAUCCCAGAAUCAGCAGGUAUCAAAUCCAGUGCACAGUGCAGAAGACAUGAAGCCAAAAACCCUCCCACUGGAUAAAAGCAUUAACCAUCAGAUUGAGUCUCCCAGUGAAAGACGGAAGAAAAGUCCCCGAGAGAACUUCCAGGCUGGGCCUUUCUCUCCCUGUUCUCCCACCCCUCCCGGUCAGUCACCAAACAGGUACAAGAGGUCUAUAAGUGGAAAGAAGCUGUGCUCCUCCUGUGGGCUUCCUUUGGGUAAAGGAGCUGCGAUGAUCAUCGAGACCCUCAAUCUCUAUUUUCACAUCCAGUGUUUCAGGUGUGGAAUUUGUAAAGGCCAGCUUGGAGAUGCAGUGAGUGGGACAGAUGUUAGGAUUCGAAAUGGUCUUCUGAACUGUAAUGAUUGCUACAUGCGAUCCAGAAGUGCCGGGCAGCCUACAACAUUGUGACGUGGUUUUCAAGCUUCUGGAUCACUCACCAUUUCUUUAUUGAGAGUGUCCCUGGCGAUUGCUUAACCAAAUCCCAAGUUCAGGGGCUUCUCAGCAUUUCCCUAAUUUCUGAAAGGCUCUUCUAAAAGGUGGUAUCUGUUCUUUGGUAGCACAGGUUUGUGUUUUUCCUGUUUUUCAUUUUGGGAUUUUUUUUUUCAUUUGCACAGUAUACAAAAAAUAAUAUUGGGUUGUAAUGAUCCAGAAUAGCUCAAAAAAAGGUUUUAGCAUGGUCAAACAGGCUUAUGGUUUAAAAUGUGUUAUUCUCUUCUUUGGGAAUUAGCUAAAUGAUGCAAUAAACCUGUUUUGUUUUAGAAUUUCUAGGAAUUAAACACUUUAUGUUUACAGAAUUGAGCUGCAGAAAGUGCAAGACAUGCCAAUUUGAGACACACGGUCUUCUAAGACUGAAGGAUAAAUUUAAUGCAUUUCAGAAACUGAACAUCACAGCAAGCUCUAUCUCUGAGCUAUAAUUUGUUUUUAAUGCAAAGACACUAGUUUGAUAAUAUAUACUGUAAUCCUGAAACAUUUGUGUUACUUACCUUUUGAGGUAGAAAUUAUACCAAUAAAUUAUUGCACCGUUAGUAUUAGAUUUUGUGUACCUUGGAAAUUAUGUCAUUAAUAUAGGCUGGUUCAUCAAAUAAAGCAAAACCUUGCAAUAUCAGCUAGAUUUACACUCUGGGACAUUGCCCAAAGGUAGGAAGAAGGCAGAGGGAAAUACUUCAGUCAUCGUUUCCAAAGUUAUCAAAAUCUGUGAGGAAGUUUAAUCUUCCAAAGAGUCAAUGUUAGCCAGCAGGCCCCUGUUGCCUGCUUCUCUCGAGGCACUAGAUUAGGAGUCUUCAAUAAGAGACUUAACAUGAGGCAUAUGGAAGAUAAGGCAUCGAGAUAAGUUCAUCAUUAGGUGUGAGCACUGCUCACCCUUGCUGGCAAGUUCGCUUUGAGGGUCUGAAGCACAGGUGCCCAAAGAAAAACAUUAAUUCCAUCCUAAUAGAGUCCACGUGGCAUACGAUGUGGUCAGCCACUGGUCUAUGAUCAGCAAGAGCCUACAGCACAGACUGUGCCCUGCCCACUUCAAUGAAUUGAGCAUUUGCUCUCCUCCAUUCUCCACCACUUUACUAUCAAGAACUCUGGACCUUGCCCGUGGAGAAGUUUAGAGAGGAACUCUUGUGGAGAGCUGGUUUAUUUUCUGCCCUGUGUGAUGAGUUUCAGCUGGCCAAGAAAGGAGUCAAGUUAUUAGAAGGCAUCACAAUGCAGAUCUCCAGGCUGGUUUUUUGUUUUGAAGAUUGGGGAAAGGGGGACUAUUUAUUCUGCCUUAAAUCAAUGGCAAAUAAGUCAAGAUGACAUUUUGUGAAUGUAGACUCUGGAUACACUCCUAAUAGAUUAAUGUACUCAUAAAAGGAGGUCAAGUAGAUGUUUUUCUGUUAUGUGAGCAAUAAUUUUUUCUGUGUCUUACUGAGUAUGGCUAGCGAUUAUUUAUUUACAUGCUAGAUGGGUUCUUUGCAUGUGGGUUCCAUAUAGGUGCAGAAAUUUCCUCAGCGACUGGAGGGAUUUCAACCAUAUUUGUCAUUUGGAUGAGCUGUUACUAGAUUGAAAUCUACACAUCAUUUCAUUAAAAAAUGUGCCUUAGAAAAUGCAAAGCUGUUGCACAUAGUGAUAAAUUAUGGAUGCAGUACAUUGAAGAGAGAUGAAGUCACUUCCAAGUUUCCAAGACUUCUCAUGGAGGUGUUUGCUGUUUUACAGGAAAAAAAAAUAAGAGGAAAAAAAUUAAAAAGAAAAAAGUUUUGAAAAUGUACAGAUUAAGUCCAAUAUUUUGAUUAUCCACCUGCAUGUUUUAUUAAAUAUUUUGAUAAUGUGGAUGUUUACACUUUGCAUGAUAUUAGCAGAGUACCACAAAUAAUGCACAAAACAUGUACAAUAUGAUCAUUCAUAACCGAUUUUUAUAGAAUACUUUUUACAUGUGCAGCUCCAUCUGUUAUGUAAGGAUAUAUUGCACAUUCUCUUCUGGUUUCACAAACCCAUUUAUACAUAUUUCUUAGUGAGGCUCAUUGUACAUGUAUUGAAGCUAGAAUCAAGUCAAGAAAAAUAAAGCCCCAUUCUCCAACUGCAAAAUGUGCUUUCCCAUAAUGAACACUAGUCACCAGCACGGAAUAAUCUCCAACAUUUUCUAAAUUCUAAUUGCCAACUGUUUCUAUUUCUAUUUGAUUUAUAUUUCAUUUGGAGUCUGUUACAUGGCAGCUUAGGCAGACUAGAUCUUGUUUUUUCCAAUGCAGCAGAAUGAGUAUGAUCUAUUUCUUUUCAAACAAUCUUUGAGAUCCCAGGGGGAAAAAAAAAACGCUCUGCUCCAUUGAGCUAUAAUGUAAAUGUGUUUGUUUAAAAAACAGAUGGGGCAAGUGAGUGAUUUAUUGUUCCUAAGGAAGUAUAUCUGAUUUUUUUUUCUCAUAUUCCAAAAGCUAGUCUCUACUCUUUAAUAAAAAAAAAUGGGUAACUUUCUGUUUUUCACUAGCGAACUUGCCUGACAUUUUCUUUCUAUGUAGUGUUAUUAAUGCAAUACAUAUUAUAGUUAAUCUAUACACAGUGUAAGAUUUAACAAACUGAAAUGAUCCACCGCAUAUGUGAGUCCGUCCAAAAGAUGUUAACUGCUCUGGGUGGGCCAAUGUUCUAUAUCGGUUACACUAACUUUCAAGUAUUUAUUCUAAAAUGCCUCUGAGAAACAGUAAAAGAUAAAAACAAAAAGUUGUCUAAAAUGCAACAGCUUUUAUAGUAAAUGUACAUUUAUAAAUAAAAUACUCAAAUCAA